AGAAAUACUCUGCUUCAGAGGAGGCUCUUCUGUGAAUGCUGCCAGUGGUCAAAGCCUCCAACAAAGCUCUACUGAGCAGCUGUAACGUCUCAGAGGAAGGCUGUGAAAUUUUAUUGUCAGUGGUCAGCUCCCAGUCCUGUAGUCUGAGAGAGCUGGACCUGAGUACCAACAGCCUGAAGGCUUCAGCAGUAAAGCUUCUGUCUGCUGCAGUGGAGAGUCCACACGCCAAACUGAAUAUUCUGAGACUUAACAUCUGUGAACUCUCAGAGGAAAACUGUGAAGCUCUGUCCUCAGUUCUCAGCUCACAGUCCUCUAGUCUGACAGAGCUGGACCUGAGUAUCAGAAAGCUGCAGGAUUCAGGAGUGAAGCUUCUCUCUGCUGGACUACAAAGAGAGCAGCUGGGCAUCCAGUGGAAGUGUGAUGGAAAUCAAAAUUUUGAAUUGGAUUCGGUGCAGUCACGUUACUAUCAGCUGCACGGAAAUAGCUGUAAGUAA